AUGACAAACUAUGGCACUAUUCAAACAUCAUCUCAUGCAUCACCGUCACCCGUAGUGGACGUCGAGUCUCCACCGAGCGACAACAACCAAUGCACGAACGCCUCGUGCGGCAUGCCACGUCGUCCUUGGGGUGUAAUGUUCGACGUCCACUCCAUGGGACUUCCUCACGGCUUCUCCGACGCUUCCUCGAGGUUCAAAACGAACUACAAUCACUUCCGCACGAACUACGGGAUCAUAGUUUGCAUCAUCAUCUUGAUAGCCAUCUACGGUUGUCUUAUCAACCAUCAUCCAGUCUGGCUCAUCCCCUUCACUGCGUUGGUUAUUCUCUAUAUCUUCCUCAUUUACCUCAUGGACGACGACGCGCCAUUCGAGUUGUUCCGCUAUUGGAUGGUUAGUAUCAUCCAGAGUUUCUUGAUAUUGUUAACCAUGGGGCUCCUCUUCUUGACCAACGUGACGCGCAGCUUCAGUAGGCCGUUGGUGAUUGGAUAUGUUCUGAUCUUGAUUCAUACGGUGGUUAGGAAGACGGAUGAUCUCUUCUUGGAUGAAGAGUCGGCUACGAUGACGGAGACUUUUUGGAACCCUCUCGGUCUCCAUGUCGUGUGCGCUCUCUUUUAUUUGUACUUGAACUUUGGUUAA